GAACAACAUACAACUAUCGAUAGUGUUUAGAAAAAUUCGAUAGCGGCCACAAAAUGAAACCAUCGAUACCAUCGAUAGCCGCAUCGAUAGUUCUCCAUCACUAGUAGUUUCAUCUUUCAUCCCUAGCAGGAAGGUUUUUGUUCGGGAUUUACUUUAAUUUGUCAAAUAGUUGCAAAGAUGACGGAAUUUCUUGCCGAAAAUAAUGCUUGCGGCCAAAGUUUAUUGCACAUUACAUCUGUAGGCAAUGCUAUAAUAGCGGAAAUAUUGCGACUAAAGGAUUACAUUCCAGAAAUUUAUCGUUUAGAAUCCAAGGUUGAUCUUCACAAGUAUUCCGACAUAAUUUUGGAUUUUAGUUACUUGAAAGUCGCAGAGGCCCAAGAGAAAAAAAUAGAAGACAGCCCGGAAUUACAAGAUUUGGACGAUGAAGUACGCGAAAAUUAUUUGGAAAUACUGACACGGUUUUAUUUAGCAUUUGAGAGUACGCACCAGUAUGCUGUGGAUCUUAAUCAGUUCGUCGAUGAACUGAACAGAGGCUACUAUAUACAACAGACCCUAGAAUCUGUAUUACAAGAUGGAGAAGGAAAACAGCUAUUGUGUGAAGCUUUGUAUUUGUUUGGUACAAUGCUAUUGCUUCUUGAUUAUCACAUUCCAGGCACAGUACGUGAGCGUCUUUUAAUAUCGUAUUAUCGCUAUAGUGCUGCAAAGGCGCAAGGUGAUAGUAAUAUAGAUGACGUAUGCAUGCUGCUUCGAUCAACAGGGUUCGUAGCAAACUGUGCCACAAACCACUCCAACUCUAAACAAACGUCCCCAACGCAAUACCCAGUUGCUUAUUUUUCUCGUUUUAAAUUCGACCAAAACUUUAUUGACAUGGUAAUAGGGCGAUUGCGAUGUGACGAUCUUUAUAAUCAGUUGGCCAUUUACCCUCAUCCUGAUCAUCGCUCCACCGCCCUCUCUACACAAGCAGCUAUGCUUUUUGUGUGUCUUUUCUUCACACCGCAAACUUUACACUUGCAAGUGGCGCAAAUGCGUGAAAUCGUCGACAAAUUCUACGCUGACAAUUGGGUUGUAUCUAUAUACAUGGGUGUUACUAUUAACUUGAUUGCUGCCUGGGAUGAAUUCAAAGCCGCAAAAGCAGCUCUAUCACCAGUAGUGGACACAGGCUUGAAGGGCUUCUGUUUGCUACACAGGGAGAAAAUGGUCAAAACAUUAAAACAAACCCAAGAAAUUUUACGGGUGGGUGUUUUGACUGAUGAUUUUGUCUUACAAAAUAUUGCAAAAAUUCUUCCCUUGAUGCGACAAUGCAACGUUCUGUUGCGCUGGUAUUUUACUCACACCUCCAAACCAGUUGUCCAAUUAUCUCAAAGCUCACAAAAGACACAACAGGUUCAGCAACAGGUCUGCUCUGAACUUAAUUAUCAAAGCACACAACUGUUAGAACUUUUGCUUGACUGUAGCCAAUUGGAGUUGGUCGUCAAGGAUAUAUUGCGUAAUUUAAUAAGCGCAAAGAAUGAACGCUGGUCCCAAUUCAAGCGUGAUGCUCUGGAUCGUCUCAAUGAGCUUGGUGAAGCAUUCGGUGGCUCGCGGCCUUUGUCUAAAAUAGAGAAUAACCCACAGUUAAAGCUUUGGUUCAGUGAAAUUUCGAAAGAAGUUGAAAAGCUUGACGCAGAAAACACUAACGUCUCAGGGCGAACAUUGAUCCAAUUGAUACAGGCUCUGGAAGAGGUGGAGGAAUUCCAUAAUCUCCAAUCUAAUAUGCAAGUAAAGCAGUAUUUGGUCGAAACACGGGAGUUCUUACACCGCAUGAUACAGGUCAUUAACAUCAAAGAGAAUAUCCUCAUCAAUAUGCAACUUAUAAGCGAUUUGAGUUACGCCUGGCGCUUACUUGAUAGGGACUUCACUACAAUUAUGCAAGAAAGUAUUAAAAAACAACCAAAAUCUGUAAUACGCUUGCGUGCUGCAUUCCUGAAGCUGGCCAGUGCUCUUGAAAUACCACUACUGCGUAUAAAUCAAGCACACAGCGAGGAUUUAGUGUCCGUUUCCAAUUACUACAGCACAGAACUCGCAAAUUACAUGCGCAAGGUCCUGCAAAUUAUUCCUGAAACGAUGUUUAGCCUUUUGUCGCGGAUUAUACAUUUGCAAACUGAGGUGCUGCACGAAAUACCCACUCGCCUGGAAAAGGAUAAACUGAAGGAGUAUGCCCAGUUCGAUGACCGCUAUGCCAUCGCUAAACUUACGCAUUCGAUUGCGAUUUUCACGGAAGGUGUGUUGAUGAUGAAAAAGACUCUGGUUGGUGUAAUUGAACUCGACCCCAAACAACUGCUGGAAGAUGGCAUCCGCAAAGAGCUUGUUCGACACCUCGCAAACGCGCUCAAUCUCGGACUGAUCUUUACGAAAACGAACAAAUCGAAGCAACAACCCAUGGCUGAGCUGGAAGGCAAACUAUUAGCCUUAUCAAAAGUUAUGGAUGGGUACAGGCGCUCCUUUGAAUAUAUUCAAGAUUAUUUGAAGAUUCAUGGUUUGAAGAUCUUGCAAGAGGAAAUCACACGAAUUAUUAACUACAAUGUGGAAAAGGAAUGCAAUGCGUUUUUACGAAAUAAAAUACAGGAUUGGCAAUCGCGGUAUCAGAGCCAGACUAUACCCAUACCAAGCUUUCCCCCCUUACAGGGUGACGCUUCGAAAUCAAAUAAUUUCAUUGGUCGUUUGGCAAACGAAAUACUCCAAUGUACGGAUCCCAAGCAAACAAUAUUUCUAGAACUGAAAGCAACCUGGUAUGAGAAACGUGCACCACACAAGGAAGUACUAAAUGCAUGCUUCUUUGGCAAAGUACGUGAAGCGAUCGGACCUGCAGGAUUGGUGGGCUUGGAUAGACUGUACUCUUAUAUGUUUGCGGCUGAUCUAAAGCAGAAUCUGGAGAAGAUGCAAAAGAACCUAUCAAGUGAUAAUAUGUGGGUGGAAGCGCUUAAAAGCUUGAGUACGGAAUUGGAAUCAAAACAUUUCCCGGGUACGAAUGCGGCAAACCCAUCAAAAUUCUAUUUCAACUACUACAAUCGCUGGAUAAAAGUGUGGCCGACGUUGUUGGAAUGGUUGCUCAAUUUGGGUCAUAAGCAGACAUUGCGACAACAACUGGCAUUCGAAUUGAACAGGAGCAGCAAAUGCAAUUCGAAAAAUUUAGAAUCAGCUCUGGAAACAUUCAACAGGGCAUUGUUGAAUGAAUUGGAACAACCAGCUGUUUAUACAAAGUUCAUCGAUUCCGAGGGUGGCAGCCAAUUGCUCAUUGAGUUCAACGAGUACUUAGCAUUCACGGGUUCCUACGAACCGCUUGAGCAAGUUUUUCUUUCUACCAAAAGUACUCAUCACGUAGCACUGUUUUUAUUUUUGUUUACAAUAGCACAUCUGCCACGACUUCAAUUUACCCUGAACACGAAUAGCUUGCUAGCCAAAAACGCCAAAGACAAUAUAGACGGCACUCCUCUGUUGGUCGGAUUAUUGACUGUUUUGCAGCAGUUCCACAAGGAGGUGAAGUUUUUGUAUUUGACCUAUCUUUGCCAAUAUGCCACUGUGAUAGUGGAGUCGAAUAUCAGCACGAAAAGCGAAAUCAGCAUGGAAGGAACAACAGUGUUGCAUUUCCUCGAAACAUUUCUUAGGUUAGCCAAGCUACCGCGAUCUGUUUUGUCCGAACGAUGUCCCACCAUUAUACUAAAUCAAUUUGAAUAUUUAGCUUUAAGCACCAAAACUUGAGUAUUAUUUAUAAUUGUUUAAAC